AUGGCUUCUGCAGCUUCAAGCCGAGACGUCCUACCAUCCGAUGUCAAGCCCGUUCACUACGACCUCGAUCUGCAUAACCUGGACAUCAAAGCGUUCACAUACGAUGGUCUUGUCAAGAUCAGUCUUGAGCUGAAGACAGCCACGAGCUCCAUCACGCUCAAUUCGAAGGAGUUGAAGAUUGGUGAGGGGGCUGUUAAGGUUGAGGGUAGCAAUGAGGAUAUCAAGGUUACGGAUAUCGCAUACGAUACAAAGGCUGAGACAGCAAAGUUGUCGUUUGCAAAGGAGCUCCCGGGCUCCGGGAAGGCGGUGCUGGAGCUCAAGUUCUCGGGCGCUAUUAAUCAUAAGAUGGCGGGAUUCUAUCGUAGUGCGUACAAGAAUGAGAAGGGAGAGGAUGAUUGGAUGUUUUCCACACAGUUUGAGUCUUGCGAUGCCCGUCAGGCAUUCCCUUGCUUCGACGAGCCGAACCUUAAAGCUACCUAUGACUUCGCCAUGACUGUUCCCGAGAGCUUCACCGCGCUGUCCAACCAGCCCGUGAAAGAGACACAGUCGCUCGGAAACGGCCUAAAGAAGGUUUCCUUCUUGACGGUGCCCAAGAUGAGUACAUAUCUUCUUGCAUGGGCGUGCGGAGAGUUCGACUACGUUGAGGACUUUACCGACCGCGAAUACGAGGGGAGGGGGAAGCUGCCCGUUAGAGUCUAUACUACCAAGGGUCUGGUGGAGCAGGGUCGGUUUGCGCUCAUGAACGCAAAGAAGAUUGUGGAUUACUUUUCAGGGAUCUUUGAUUUGGAUUACCCGCUUCCGAAAGUUGAUCUUUUGGCCGUCCACGAGUUUUCCCAUGGAGCUAUGGAGAACUGGGGGCUCAUCACCUACAGGACGACCGCUGUGCUGUUUGAUGAAAAGACCUCGGAUUCAAGGUACAAGAACAGAGUAGCAUAUGUCGUGGCUCAUGAACUUGCACACCAAUGGUUCGGGAAUCUUGUUACCAUGGACUGGUGGUCAGAGCUGUGGCUAAACGAAGGAUUUGCUACCUGGGUGGGAUGGUAUGCGAUUGAUCACUUUUAUCCGGAGUGGAAUGUUUGGGGACAGUUUGUCACUGAAUCCCUACAAACAGCCUUCCAACUCGACUCGCUGCGCGGUUCGCACCCAAUUGAGGUGCCAGUACGAAGUGCUUUGGACAUUGACCAGAUCUUUGACCAUAUCAGUUACUUGAAGGGAUCUGGUACAAUUGGAAUGUUGAGCAACCAUCUUGGUGUUGAGACAUUCUUGGGAGGAGUAUCAAACUACUUGAAGAAGCAUGCUUAUGGCAAUGCCACGACCGAGGACUUGUGGUCUGCCCUUGGCGAGAAAGCUGGCACAAACGUAUCCGAGUUCAUGAGCAACUGGAUCAAGGUUAUUGGAUUCCCUGUAGUCACAGUUACGGAAGUGCCCGGUCAAAUCACCCUCAGACAAUCCCGCUUCCUCAGCACUGGCGAUGUCAAGCCUGAGGAGGACACGACCACUUGGUGGAUCCCUCUGAUGUUGACUGAGCAGUCUUACACCGAAUCAGCAGUGAAAGUCAAUGCUCUCACCAGCAAAGAGACGACCAUCAAAGACCUCAACACAGAUUUCUACAAGCUGAACUAUGGUCAGUACGGGUUCUACAGAGUCAAUUACCCAGCAGAACGCUUGGCGAAGCUCGGAGAAGUCAGGCAACAGCUCAGUGUAUCUGACAGAGUUGGGCUGAUUGCUGACGCCGCUGCAAUGGCGUUGUCGGGAUACGGAACGACCACCGGAUUGCUCUCAUUCCUUGCCGGGCUGAAGGGUGAGGAUAGCUACCUGGUCUGGGCAGAGCUCCAAGCACAGCUUGGGAAGCUGAAAUCUGUAUUUGCGGAAAGCGAGCCGGAGAUUUAUGAAGGAUUGAAGAAACUUACUUCGGAGCUUGUGACUCCCUGCGUCGAGAAGAUCGGAUGGGAGUUCAAGGAAGGAGAGGACUUUUUGACCGCACGGCUGAGGUCGUUGCUCAUCAGCACCGCCGGAGGAGUCGGCCAUCAACCAACAAUUGACGAGGCCCUUCGUCGUUUCAAGCUCUACACUUCCGGAGAGGACAAGGCUGCGAUCCACCCUAACCUCCGCUUGGCAGUCUUCCGUAUUGCUAUCGCCCAGGGCGGGCAGGAGGAAUUCGAUGCCGUUAUGAAGGAGUACCUUUCCACCACCACGGUCGACGGAAGAGAAAUCUGCCUGUCCUCUCUCGGACGAGUGCACACGCCCGAGCUUAUCCAAAAGGUCUUAGAGUUCACAUUCACGGACAAGGUCAAGAUCCAAGACAAGCACACCCCCGUCAUCUCGCUCUCAAACAACCACCGGGCCAGACGUGCGGUGUGGGAGUUCAUUAAGAAGAACUGGGAUACGGUUUACGCCCAGCUCUCCGGAAACAUGGUCGUCCUGGACCGCUUCCUCAAGAACUCGCUGAACAAGUUCUCGAGCAGAGAAGUCAUGGCGGAUAUUGAAGAAUUCUUUAAGGACAAGGACAACCACGGGUACGAUAAGGGGCUUUUGGUCAUCCGUGAUAGCAUCACGGGAAAUGCCAACUGGGUCGAAAGGGACGCCGCGGUUGUGAAGGAAUGGUUGAAGGAGCAUGUAACGACAACACCAAACUACAAAAGGCAAGCGCAAGCCACUGCACACCAAUCACAGCCCCCGCGCGAGGCUUCAGCAAGAGGUUUCGCUGACGCCGCCGGUUACAACAACAGCCCUCGCUCAGCCGAGCAUCCUUCUUUCUUCCUCCUAGAAACAACAAGAGACACGUUCCUGUGCAUCCGCUUCCGUAGUAAGACCCAGCACGCUCCUGACCACAACUCCAUCUCCUGUUUCCGUCUCCACACAACUUCAUCUUCACAUCGUUUCCAGCUUCUCAUCACCAAGCUUCCCAAUAACAUUUCAUACCCAAACGCCAUCAUGAAUCCGGAAUAUGAUUACCUCUUUAAGCUUCUCCUCAUCGGUGACUCGGGUGUAGGAAAGUCCUGCUUGCUGCUCAGAUUCGCGGAUGAUACCUACACCGAGAGCUACAUCUCCACUAUUGGUGUCGAUUUUAAAAUCCGCACCAUCGAGCUUGAUGGCAAAACCGUCAAACUCCAAAUUUGGGAUACCGCUGGCCAGGAGAGAUUCAGGACCAUCACAUCCUCAUACUACAGAGGGGCGCACGGGAUCUGCGUCGUUUUUGACGUGACCGAUAUGGACUCCUUCAACAACGUCAAGCAAUGGCUACAGGAAAUCGACCGUUAUGCCACCGAGGGUGUCAACAAGCUGCUCGUCGGUAACAAGAGCGAUAUCGCAGACAAGAAAGUAGUCGAAUACACCGUGGCAAAGGAAUUCGCCGAUAGUCUUGGUAUUCCAUUCUUGGAGACUUCCGCCAAGAGCGCCACGAACGUCGAGCAGGCUUUCCUAACGAUGGCUAGACAGAUCAAGGAACGGAUGGGAUCUACCACUGCCAACAACAAGCCUACCGUCACUGUCGGCCCUGGAACCGGUGUCCAGCAGGCUUCGUCCGGCGGGUGCUGUUAA